AGGUACAUUAACGUUUCGAGACAACAAACCAGCCCACUGAGCUGGACUUUAUGAAUUUACUUCAGAAAUAAUUCCUUUGCCAUACAAAUUAAAAUACAAUUUUGAUUGCCAGCGCCAUUGUACAAGUCGAUAUAUAUAUGUGUGUAUGCGUGAUGCAUUGUGGGACUGUAUUCUCUGCCGUAGUUGUAGCCAGAAAUACUUAGCUAAGUGAUCAGUCAUGCAACAUGGCCGGCUAGUACUGAGGGUCUUGGAUGGACUUAUUGAUGUAUCUCCUGGUCAAGGAAACACUCACACAGGUAUUCACAUAAUUCUACGGAGCUGUGUCCAAGAGACCACUUUGAUUAAGGGAAUAUAUACAGUUGUCCAGCUUCAGAUUUCAAAACUACAAGUGUUGGCAAGAGAUUGUGAGAGAGGAAUGGUGGAAGCAAUGGUACAUUGUUUUCAAGAACAGUUUCCUGACGCUCAUUAAAGAUGAAACAGAUCAGACUGAAAACAAUAUCUUUGCGAGGACCGUAGCUACAAGCACAAAACAAAAGCCAUGUCGUUUCUUCAGCUGAAGAAGUACAUGUCCCGUAAGACCCGAGGGUACCGUCUUGUGUUUAUCCUUGGCGUGUUCCUCAUUGGCUAUUUGUCAAUGAACUAUGUGUCCGUCCGGAAUCCACAGUCUUUCUCAAAAUAUGAUGAACCAAUUCCUUACUCAGAUACCAACCAUCUUUUCAUUCAUCGACAUCUGUUGUCGGAUAACUCAACAACAGAUGAAGGAAUAUACCCGCCUGCGGUCUUCACAGUGGAACAGAUGCGUAAUGGCGCCAUCAUCCUUCAUGUGUUUGGCAUGGUGUACAUGUUUGUGGCUCUUGCAAUUGUCUGUGAUGAAUUCUUUGUGCCUGCUUUGGGAGUCAUUAUAGAGAGGUACGACAUCUCCGAAGAUGUCGCAGGAGCUACAUUUAUGGCGGCAGGUGGAAGUGCUCCAGAAUUUUUCACAAGCGUCAUUGGUGUUUUUCUGGCAAAGAGUAACGUCGGUAUUGGAACUAUAGUGGGAUCUGCUGUUUUUAAUAUUCUUUUUGUUAUUGGGAUGUGUGCAGUGUUUAGUAAACAACUGUUGACAUUGACUUGGUGGCCUUUGUUUCGAGAUGUCAGUUUCUAUAGUAUUGACCUUAUACUGUUAAUUGUAUUUUUUUUGGACGACGUGAUUGACUGGUGGGAGGCACUCAUUUUGUUUCUUUUAUACAUUGCCUAUGUGAUGUUCAUGAAAUUCAACGAAAGGAUUGAGCGAUUUGUCAAAGGCUGUACAAAGAAGGCCUCUAUGAACAAGGUGGCAAGCACAGACACUUUACUUAAACAGAAAGGUGAGCGGCCAUGCAGUUUGCCAGUUCUUCACGGAGGGAGCAGUCGGUUCCGCCAUGGCGUCCUGCAACUGAUGAUCCAUACAAUUGACCCUCUUGGUCCAGAGAAAGUUCAAGACAAGGCAGUGGCUCUUCAUGCAAUGGCUAGCCUACAGCUUAUGAUCAACAUGGAUUCCAAAGAUGGCGCCAAGCAGAAUGGCAAUGUGGACCAAGACAACAAUAUGCAAGUUAAUGUCAUCUCCAACGGCAAGGUGUCACCUGCUUAUGAGUCCACAGGGUCACUCAGAAAAGGUAGUCCUUCUGUGAGUCAAGAAACAGCCUUAACAAUGGUGGACCAGGAACCAGAUCAGAAUGGUAAAGUGACACGACGAGAUGUCAAUGUUGCUGUUGAUGGAAAACAGGAAGGCGAUGAUGAAGCCCAGAGUAGCAAUGAUUCAAAAUCAGAGACCCCAGGAUGGGAGGAGGAAGAGGAACCCCUUGACCUCAGUUGGCCAGACACCUGUCGUAAACGUUGCACCUACCUUUUCCUGGCACCCAUCAUUUUCCCUCUGUGGUUCUUCCUGCCUGACGUCAGAAGGAAGGAGAAGAAGAAAUGGUUUGUGUGUUCCUUUAUUGGAAGUAUCUUGUCGAUUGCCAUCUUCUCCUACGUCUUGGUGUGGUUGGCCAAUGAGACUGGAACUGCACUCGACAUCAAACCGGAGAUAAUGGGACUGACCUUUUUGGCAGCUGGGACGAGCAUCCCAGAUCUCAUCACAAGCGUCAUUGUUGCCAAGAAAGGAUAUGGUGACAUGGCCGUUUCCAGUUCUGUCGGGAGUAACAUCUUUGAUAUCACUGUGGGGUUGCCGGUGCCCUGGCUGCUGUGGAGUGCCAUCCAGGGAGGUGCUGGCAUUGAUGUGAGCAGCAAGGGCUUGCUGUGUUCGAUUGUCCUUCUCUUCAUCAUGCUUGUGGCAGUCAUUAUCACCAUUGCCGCCAGCAAGUGGAAGAUGAACAGGACUCUGGGAGCUAUCAUGUUUCUCCUCUACAUCGUCUUCAUCACUCUCAGCGUCCUGGUGGAAAUUGGCAUUAUCCCAUGCCCGGAUGCAACCUAGCCCGGUCACAGAUCCUAGCCACAAGGAGCUAGGCCUCAUCCUGGUGCAUCUUACAGGAUAAUAAUUGGAUGACUUAUACUUUUGGUGUGAUAUUGUUUUAUUUGAAGAACAACUAGAAGAUUUGACGAACAGAUAAAGGUCGAAACUUACCUGUCAACAGCAGAGUGUUUGAGCUGAUCUCCUUUUCCUGAGACGUUUAUGAAAUCUUCUUGUUCCCGAGGACUGAGAAGAAUGCAUGAGGGAAAAGCUGACAAUUAAACUGGGAUACAGGAUUGCCCUCACUGAUGCUUUCUGUGGAACUCUUAGCAUUUGAAUAUGAUACUGGAUUAAGACUCUGUUCCGACUUGUGGUGUAAUAAGAUCUUAUGUGUUUGCUUCCUAACGACUGAAGCGACAAAGCCUUGACGCUAUUCAUUCUGGUCUGUGGUUUUGUCGCAGGCUGUCCACGUUGGUGACUUCUGCAUCCUUGUUGGUCUCUUGAUCUUAUCCUUAUGUGUGAUAUUUUUUAUAAGUAAUGGGACAGUUGAAACCUCAUUGAUGCCUGAUGGAGCUUUGAAGAAUAACUCAAUGAUAGAGAAAUGGGUAAGAUUUUCUGAUUGACAAGAAGAUAGACACCUACGAGGAAUAGUGUCCAUAAGAGAUAGUGUCAAAGAGACUUUGUCCUUAAAAUAUUUUGUCAAGGAGACAUGAGACACUUUGCCAAUUUGAAAGUGUCCAUGAGAUGUUUUGUCAAGGAGACAGUGUCCAUGAGAGAUGGUGGCAAAGAAAGACACUGUCAGUGUUGGUGUCAAAGAGAUACAGUGCCCUUGAAACAGUGUCAACAAUGCCCUUGAAACAGUGUCAAAAGAAAAUAAUGUCCCUGAUGCACAGUUCAUUGAGAGUCAGUGAUGAUGAUGAUGAGAAGAGUCAGUGGUGGUGAUGAUGAUGAUGAUGAUGAUGAUGAUUUGGAGAUUUAACAUGCGCUUUCCGACAUAUUGUGUAUUUCGCAUAGGGGCCCGCCAGGCCAUUUAGUGUUUGAUCGAAGGAGGGGUGAUUUGACCCAAAGAUAUGGCAACCUGAAUGGGGCGUUAAUGUUACAUAAUUAAAGUCAGUGAGAGACUGUCCAUAAGAUAUGUCAAUCAUGGACACUUUCAGUGAGAGACAACAAAGGAGAGAGACUGACAGUCAAGAUUGACCAUUCAUCAGGUGAAAAAGUAGUGUCAGCGUCUCAUUGAGAGACAGUGAUAGUGAGGGAGUGAAAGUGAGGUACAGUCCAAUUGUGAUGGUGGAAGGUUACAGUUCCAGACAAUGUUGGUGACAUUCCUCAUCUUAAAGAAAUGGAUGCAUAAAGAGGGACAAUACAACAAACUCUAACGAGGUCCAAGGACAAAUUGGUGUUACAAUCUAAUUAAGAAAUCUUUCAAAGGAUUGUUAUCUCACAAGAGACUAAUGCAAUGGAUGAAUGUCUAGCACUGUCCAACAGCCAUUCAUUCUAUAUCCGUGCCUAUAGAACGGCCAUGUUAAUUGAUGGCACCAUUGACUGCAGCCAUAUACAUUAUGUCAUAUAGUGCUUUAUUCAUCAUGGUACAGAUGGGUAACAGGAAGAGAUGUAACCAUGCAAGUAUGUACAUAUACAUAACAGUGAUAAUUACAUCAUUGUCAUGGCAACCACACAAACAAAUGAUCACAUUGUUGCUAUGGCAACCAUAUCCUAGCAGAAUGGUAAGUGAUCUUUGAUGUUGAAUAUUUUUCUGUAUAAUUCGGAGUUUAUGAAAUGGCUGAAAUAUUUUUUCUAAGUUCCCCAUGACCAAAUGUUUGAACACAUGGUUUUAGUCUGUUCAGAAUGUCUUUUUCUGUGAUAAGAGGAAGCAUUUUGCCAACACAUUCUUGUGUUCAACAGGAGUAUGGAGGACAUGUAAUGACAUUUAAUUAUGUAAUGGAGACACUUUCAAAAUGAAAUAGUUAUAGAAAUACAACUAAAAGUAAAGUAUAUUCAGUAAUAACAUUCUAUCAAAGUAGAUGGAAUAUCUGUAUUGGUCAAUAAAACAGUGACGAAUACUGUCAAGUUAGCAUCUGUGAUACGUUUUUCCUUGUUUUCAAAUGAACGGUAUGUGUUAGUGUUAUCAUGCAGUUUGUUAGUUCAUAUGGUCUGGCUGGCUCUUCAGAAGUCUUGCGGACCAUUUAUUGUCUUUCAACCUUGUACAUUUCUACCCAACCUAAGUCAAUUUGUGCCCUGUAGUUAAGCAGACCAACUAGUCACUGUGUUAAUCACCCUGUGAUAGAUACAAGUAGAAAGGUUUAUUUAAUUAUUGGUUGUCAUGACCAAAUCGUAAACAGUAAUUCUUGUUCUCAGUAUUAGUGGGGGUGGGGGAACGGGUGGAAGGGUGUUUGAGACACCAAUGUACAGAUAAUAAUGACCCCCUGAAGCUUGUCGUAUUUACGAUGAUCCUUUUCAUCUCCUUGUACAUUGUUUCAUGACCCUCUCUGAAAAGACAAAAUUUCUAUUUUGUUAUAAACUUCUUUGUGACCCUGUGUAACGUUUUUUUACCCUCCUCUUGAGGCUGUCAUAUAUUAUGGUGAGAAUAAUCCCUGGUUUACUCUCAUUAACCCACCCCUAUAAAAAAUGACCGGUUCAUUGUUGAAAAAUUGCUAGUGGUGUAAAACGUUGACUCACUUACUCACUGAGACAGACAGAAGCAAUCACUAGGUAAAUGCCCAAAACUGACUGUUUUUACACGUCUUUAGGCCAUACAGACUCUGUACUCAGCAAUAUAAAUGUUUACAGUGUAUAUUUCAAAGAUCAGUGCUCUGACUAAAGUAAUCUAAGUAAUCUGCUCUCUAUACCAGUCAUAUACAUAAUGCCAUUUUAGCACCUGGAAAGGUAAGAAAUAUUUUUAAUUAAAUUUUUUUUAAUUAACUAAAUUUAUGUAUUUUUAAUAUCACUAAAAGAGUUCUUGAAACUCGUUUUAAUGAUAUCAAAGGAAAUAUGAUUGCAAAACAUGUAACAUUAGGCCGUAUUUUGAACUCUUAGACAUGAAUUUAUGGCUUACUCUUUUCAGACUGAUAUCUUUAAAAUUGCUCGGUAUGCUAUUGUCUUGAAAAGUUUGUGGAAUUGGUAUCUCCGAAACAGUGGUGGAAUGAGUGCCACAUGGUGCUACUUGUGGCUGGCAUGUAGAGCAGAUAUUGUAGCUGUCAUAUUCCAUAAGGUCAAAUAAUUCUAAAGAUGAUGGUAUUUGUCGUUCACAUUAACAUUUAAACUAAUGAAUAGUUUAGAAAAUUUAAUCUAUCAUCCAGGAAACAACAGUCAGUUGAACAUUGUGUGAGUUGAACUGGUGUUGCAGCAAAGCCUAGGGAGAUGUUGGAUAUUUCAUUAUAUAUUUGUGCAUUAAGCACCCCACUUCAAUAAAUGGAAACUGAUAAACUUCUCAGUCAGAAAGUUUAUUAAGUGUGUUAAGUCUGAAUACAAACAUGGCAGUAAUCAGAUUCAUGCAUUCAUUGCAUAUGUAUUUCUACAAAAUUCAGCAAUGUAGAAUGGCUUCAUAUUAGACAAGUAUCUAUCGUCUAAAAAGUUUUCAUCUGCAUUUAAAGUACCCUGUAAGAUAGUCUGGGACAAAAUAUUUACUUGUAAAUAUUGUAAGAAGUUUCCCACUGUUUCUAAGCACACAGGGGGUUCGUUUAUUCAAAUGUAGUAUGUAGAAAUUUAUAUUUCAAUCAGCCAAAAUUUGUUACUCGAGAAAUCCAACAUCAGUUUUUAGUAUUUGGUUUUCCUAAACAUAAAUUUCGAAGUUUUUAUUAUUAUCAUUAAAAGCUCAGUGAGACUUGCAAUUCUCAAAUCACAUAUUGUUUAAUGCCAUUAUGAGUACGAAACGUCAUAAAACAUUAUUCAAUCUUGUUUUCUAUAUUUAAUUUCUGUAGCUUAACAGCUAAUGGACAUGUGGCAUCAGCCCUGAAUACUGUGACGUCAUGAUACAAUGCAAGAGGUUAUAUGCUGCCAUGACCAUGCCGCUAAAUAGACCUUGGUAAAUGCAAACAAACAUCAACUAACUCCGAUCUUUAUUGGGACAAGUAUUAGUCAAUAUUGGAUGCAGGGCACUGGGGUAACCUAGUGGUUAAAGUGUUCGCUCGUCACGCCGAAGGCCUGGGUUCGAUUCCCCACAUGGGUACAAUGUGUGAAGCCUACUCCUGGGUCCCCCGCUGUGAUAUUGCUGGAAUAUUGCUAAAAGCGGACUAAACUCAACUCACUCACUUUCAUAUUUGAGGUAUUUUCAUACUUAUAAUGAAACAUAUUCGUGUUCAAUGGGUUAAAGUCCAGAUGUACAAUAGGCCAAGCUUUAACCCCGUUUAAUAACAUUUUUAAAAAAUCAGACUGCAGCACUCAUCCAUUCAUUUUAAUAUUUAAGAUAAGUGUAUGGUAUAAAAGCUUUACUAGGCAUUGCAAUAAGUUUUCUUGCCAAAAUCAGUUUACACAUUUUUGAAAAGGCUACUAAAUGUUUGAUAAAGUGUUGAUGUAUUUUAUUCUGUUAAAGAAUAUGCAAAGAGAGAACUUCUAUCCAUGAUUUGUUAUUUUACAUUUAAAAUAUGUUGAAAUGACCAUUGGCAGAAUGAAAUACUAUUAGCAUGACAACAUCUUCAAGCAUUCAGUCAUAUUAAGUCUCCAUUCUGAAUGAGAAGAAUUCUUUGUAGAGUGUUGAUUGCUGUAAGUUCAAUUUCGAAUUCAGAGUAAAUUAUUAGAGUGACAGUUUUGAUGACAUUUGUAAAUACUGUAGAUAAUUGGUUAAUCAAAUGGGUUUGAAUAUUUGUGAAAAUAACUUUUCAAUUUUAUUCCUGCAAGUCCUUCACGUGUUUCUGUUGGUUUUCAGAAGAUGAAUAUGUAUGUAUAAAUUUUGCAUCAGAAGGUCUCUUAGGUAUGACAGAACAGAAUUCCAUCCACAAGUUUCAGUUCAGCUGUGAAUGAAAAUGCAUGAAUAUUAUGUUUAAAAUUCCAUUUUUCAGGCAAAACAGCUAACAUGUCAUAAGGAUUGGGAUAGUGGUUAUCUGUCCUAACACCCUUGUAGACAGGAAUUGGAAUUAAACAUACAAUUCAUCAGAUCAGUUUGAGGAACUUUUCAAACCUAAUCUCACAAAUGUAUCUACUCAUUUGACAUGACAGCCAUGUAUGUCCCUCUUCAGUUUUAAAUCUGUUUUUCUUAAACAAAAUAUUUUUUGUAACAUCCAUGACAUGUAACCCUAUGUAGAUAUGUUUUCAUUCAUUCUUGUAAAAAAACGAAUCUGUGAUGCAAAUAUGUAUAAAGUCAUGAUUGUGUACCUUUUCAGUGGAAUUGUUAUCAUUAGUUUUCCAAAUACAUGUUUCUAUUAGCAUCUCAAAUUGCAAAUGUGUAACAUGUAUACAUUUUGGUCUUUUUAAAUAGACAAGUAGACAAUGUAAAUAGUUGGGUUUUGAUAUGAACUAUUUUGUUCUUUCAAACUCUAAAAGUGGCAUUGUAAGUAUGAAUUGGUAAGUCACAUAAUUAGUCUGCUUAUGUAAAUCAACUUAUUGUUAAUGUGCCUGUAUAAAUUGUGUUUUUUUCUCUGGUAGAAAAUACUUAUUUUUCUACUCUUACUUAUUAGUUAAGUGUUCGAUCUCACAUGCAUUCCACAUGAUGUACUAAAGAUGUUGGUGUGUGCCUGCAUCCUUUAAUUUGCUCUUGAUUAUACACUUUUCUUGUGAUCUCAAUGUCUUACCAUGACGACGUGUUUAAACAUGAUAUUCUACCAAAUCUAUUUUUACCCAACAAAUUAUAGUUGUUUUCACCCGUUGUAGUCAUUAUUCUGAUUGAAUGUUGCUUCUGUUUCCUUUUUUAACAUUUUCACAGUUAUCAUUGAAAGUAGGACACAUUUUUUAUGUUGGAGUCAAAAAUUAUACUUUAGUCAUAUUUUGUUAUUUUACUUAAUAACUUUACUUUUGUUAUUUUCCUUCUAUACCAUAUUUGUAUGUCAGGUGUCACAGUAACCGUGUUAGUUAUCUGAUUUAUCAUUAGACUGGUUGUACAUCCCUAUUCGAAUUUAAAAGAUGACGUGUUUCAGUAACUUUAUUUUUGAGUUUUGAAAAUAGGUGCAGCAAUUAUCUUAUUCUAUAUAUCGGAAUACAUCCUAGAUACUUCACCCUACUGCAUGUGUCAACUUGUGAUAUAUUAGAUCCCAGCCUAGAUACUUCACCCUACUGCAUGUGUCAACUUGUGAUACAUUAGAUCCCAGCCUAGAUACUUCACCCUACUGCAUGUGUCAACUUUUGAUAAAAUAGAUCCCAGCCUAGAUACUUCACCCUACUGCAUGUGUCAACUUGUGAUACAUUAGAUCCCAGCCUAGAUACUUCACCCUACUGCAUGUGUCAACUUGUGAUACAUUAGAUCCCAGCCUAGAUACUUCACCCUACUGCAUGUCAAUUGCAACUUGUGAUACACUUAGUUCCCAGCCUAGAUACUUCACCCUACUGAAGUAUUAAAACCCAGCCUAGAUAUUUCAUCCAAUGGCUUGUGUCAACUUGUGGUGAAUGUUAUUGUGCCUUAGAUUUUAUAUCUUCACAUUUCCUCUGACUGUCUCGACCACACCCCAACUCCCCUCCCCAACUCCCCAUCCCACACCCCCUCAACCAUGACUACAACAGGUUCUCACAGGGUAAAUACAGCCAUUUCAUCAGCUGUGUUUUACAUUCCACAAGCAUUUGUGUUGAUGAGGUUAGCAAACCAGAUACUAGUUCUUCCAUCAAUCUUACUUUGAAAGGUAUUGUUCCUACUUGUACCUUUAAGUAACCUGGACUAUGUUAAUUUUGGGGCCUAGUUGAAAAAAAGACCAACAGAACAAAAUAUUUUUUUAGGGCGAAAGUUAAUCAGAAAUAAUUAGGAAUUUCCUGUGUUUGUAAAAAGAAAAAUUGUUAAAGAAAAGGUAAGUUCGACAACUCUAUGCACAGUUUCAUGUUAUAUGUGAAUUUUUUUUAGUUUCCAAAAUCACAAGUUUAGUUGAAAUAUGAAACAUUCCAGUAAAACAGUCAAAUUGCUUACAGGUAAGCACCUCCAAGCACUGUUACUGAAAUGUUUCAUACAAAGACAAACGGGCACAGUGGACAGAAGCAAUCAGUGAUACAUGAUUGCCAAACACUCAGUGGCACUUAUUGCUUUUAUGGGGUUAUCAGAAAUCUUUGGUGAAAACAGUUGUUUGCAUAUUAAUGAUGAUGUUCAUCUUACCUCUCACAUUUGUGCACAAAACUUUUUUUUUUCAACAAUCUGUAGUUCUUUGAUGUGUAUUAAGUUGUUUUUGUGCCCCUUCAUGCUCGCAUGUACUAUCUUGAUCCCCAACGUCCUCAAUGGCCCCAUUAUGGAUCCCCAACGCUCCCAGUUGAUGUUAUAUGUAUGUCAACAUAUUCAUCAUCCUUUAGUUCAUCUUGAUGUACAAGCAGGAUUCUCCGUCCAAAUAUUACAUGAUGAAUGAGACAAAUGUUUUGCAUUUAUUCUAGUUGUCCUAUUCCCGUGUUUUUGCACGUUGAUAGAGUAAACCUUCCGUCCCAACGAUACUAUGUAUGUCACUUUCUCUCUCUCUCUGGUCUAGAAGCAGACCUCCAUCAGAGGGUCUCCAUGUAUAGAUAUAUUUAUUCAUUGUUGUUGCGCUUAUAAUGUACAUAAUACAUAUUUCUUGUUUGAAUAAAAGUCUAAAAAUAUA